UCAGUUUCAAUUCAUCUUCCACUCGAGGCGGUUACGUUUGCAACGGUUCGGAGUACUGUCAAUUGCGUAAAUAAAAAAACAAAAAAAAAAAAACUACAAGAAUGUCUUGUCCCUACGCCUCAACGUUUAAUGGAGCAGAACACGAUGACAAAGCCGUGCCGCUUAAUACAGAAGUGGGAAAAAUUUAUGGCGAAUAUUUGAUGCUAGACAAUCUCCUUAGUGCCCAGUGCAUGUCUUCAAAUGUGCACGAUGAACAUUUGUUUAUAAUCACUCACCAAGCCUAUGAACUUUGGUUUAAGCAAAUCAUUUUCGAAUUCGAUUCCAUACGAGAAAUGUUGAAUAGUGAAAUAAUUGAAGAAACCAAAACAUUGGAGAUAUUGAAACGCCUCAAUAGAGUGGUCAUGAUACUGAAGCUCUUGGUCGAUCAAGUGCCGAUUCUGGAAACUAUGACCCCCUUGGAUUUCAUGGACUUCCGCAAUAAUCUGUCCCCAGCCUCAGGAUUUCAAAGUUUACAAUUUCGUUUGAUCGAGAAUAAGUUGGGUGUUAAAUCGGAACAUCGUGUUAAAUAUAAUCAAAAAUAUUCCGAAGCUUUUGGAAAUAAUACAGCAUCGAUAAAUGCCAUCAUCGAAUCGGAAUCUGAACCAUCUCUCUUGGAAUUGAUAGAGAAAUGGUUGGAACGAACUCCAGGUUUGGAAGAGACAGGCUUUAAUUUCUGGCAUAAAUUUCAAGUCAGCGUUGAUAAGUUUUUGCAAGAUCAAGUGAAGAGUGCCAUGAGUGAACAAGUGGAAAAUGCCAAAAAUUAUCGCCUUAUGGAUAUUGAAAAACGUCGUGAGGUUUAUCGCAGCAUUUUUGAUCCAGCCAUUCAUGAAGCCAUGGUCUCACGUGGUGAUCGCCGUUUUAGUCACAAAGCUUUGCAAGGCGCGAUUAUGAUCACUUUCUAUCGUGAUGAACCUCGCUUCAGUCAACCACAUCAAUUGUUGACUCUAUUGAUGGAUAUUGACUCAUUGAUCACCAAAUGGAGAUAUAACCACGUCAUUAUGGUUCAACGUAUGAUUGGCUCCCAACAAUUGGGUACCGGUGGCUCUUCGGGCUAUCAAUACUUGAGAUCCACCCUAAGUGAUCGCUAUAAGGUUUUCUUGGAUUUAUUCAACUUGUCUACCUUCUUGAUACCACGCGAAGCCAUACCACCACUGGAUGAUUCCAUAAGACGUGCUUUAAUUAACUAAAUAAGCCAAUGAUAUGGAACAAGGUCCAAAAACACAAACGAAUUCAGAAAAAAUAAUCCCAACAAUGUAAUAAUUAAAAAAAUGGUAAAAAUAAAAAAACAAACAUAAUUUGCUCAAGAAUGAAGAAAAAUAUUUUUUUACAAAUUUAAAAUGUUUUAAAAAAAAAUUUUGGAGAAAAGGAUUCAAAAUAAACUUCAUAAAAGUU